ACUCAGAGGGGGGAAGGAGAGGAAGAGGAAGCGUCGAGCAGCAGAGGGAGGAGGAGCUCAGGUCAUACAGCCAGUUUCAUUUUUGCUCAGCACACACAAAGAACACAGAAUUUCAGUUAUUCAGCUCAGACAAGAAGCUUUCACUGAUCACAGCUGGUCAUGGACUACAUAGAGCCCAUCCUGUCCAUCGCCUCACAGAUCUACACCCUGGUGGAGACUGUGAAGGCCAACAUGAAGCGCUGUCAGCGUGUUUCUGAGCGAGUCAGAGCCCUGGGGGAUCUGGUGGGGUCCAUCAAAAAGAAAGAGCAGAUAUCGGAUGACGUAGAAAAAGCUCUCAAGGAACUCUCCAUCACUCUGGAAUCAGCCCAGAAGCUCAUCACAAAAUUUACUACGGCCAAGUGGGUGAAGCGCAUCCUUAAAUGCAGCAGCUACGGGGACGACUUCAACAGUCUGAAUGAGCGUCUCAAUGACGCCUUCCAGGUCCUGUCUGGAGCCCUGCAGGUGGAGCAGGGGAACCUGCUGAUCGACGUGUUCAAACAGACCACCAGAGAGCGACAAGACGAGGAAGACAGGAGGGAGGACGACAAGGAGCUGAAGAUCUUGCUCGUCGAACACAUGGAGAGCCAACAGAGAGCAUUCGAAGAACUCCAAAUCAGCGUGCAAAAACUCUUGGAGACCAUGAAUAAGCCCAAAGUCACUGAUGAAGGCAUCAAGAUGAUCAAACCGGAGGAGCUCAAGUACGAACUUCCCAAAGAGCCCUUCAUGACCACGUCGACCUCAGAGGUGUACAGAGGAGAGUACCAUGGCUUCCCGGUGGCCAUCAAGAGAUACACUGACCUGAACACCAGCUCAGGGCAGAUUAAGUCUGUUUUCAAAAAGGAAACUGAAACCAUGAAGCGGUUUGAGUCGCCCAACAUCCUGCGAAUGUUUGGAAUCUGUGUCCAGGAGGAGGGACCCAGUUCUCAGUUCCUCAUCAUCAUGGAGUACUGUGAGAAGGGAAGUCUCCGUCAGGUCCUGGACUCUGAGCACGAGGAGCUGUCCUGGACCAGGAAGGCUCGCAUGUGUCUGGACGCAGCGAAAGGACUCUACCGGCUGCACCAGACAGAAGAAAAAUCCAAGGUGCAUGGAUGCAUCAACAGCUACAAGUUCCUUGUGGCUGAAGGCUACAUAGUCAAGCUAGGAGGUUUUGAGCUGGCGAAAACAGAAACAUCGCUGAAAAAGUCAACAAAGAAGUCGACGAAGGACAAAGAGUUCGAGUCCCUGUGCUACUACAGUCCUGAGGUCCUCAAGAACAUCAACCACCCUUACAGCAAGGACUGUGAGAUGUACAGCUUUGGAAUCGUCCUGUGGGAAAUUGCCACCUGUAAGAAGCCUUUUGCAGGUUUAUCAGUCAAGGAUAUCCAGCAGAAAGUGUGCGAGGAGAAAUUUCAGGAGCCGCUCCCUGAAGACUGUCCUGAACAACUGGGGAAUCUGAUCAACGCCUGUCGGGCCUAUGAGAGCUUCAAGAGACCAUCUGCUGGAAUGCUGGUGGACAGACUGCGCAGCGUGGUGGCACAGUUAGAGGAGUAAUACAACUCUCAGGUCUCUGGUCAUACUCAGGAGAAGAAGUACAGUUAUGAAAUCAUUAAACAGAUUUCUGGCUCGCCUAAAGUUGCAUAUAAUCCUUAAGAAAGUUACAACACACUAAAAGCCAUAAGUUUGUAUUUCAGUUAAUUGUUAGUAUUGGAAAAGCAUCAAAAACAGGAAGCUGUUUCCAACAAUCAACCUUCUUAUGUCUGCGUGGGGUGUGUGAGGUUGUUUGACUUAAAGUUUUAUAGUUUUUUUUUUAAUGAAUGCAUGUUAAGUAGCUGAAGCAUCUGCUCAGGGACUCCUGACUGACUGCUGGUUGACAUUUUAGGAUUACUUGGAGGAAACACUGUAUUGUACAGCGUUUAGUAACCACAGAGCUGCAGGUCUUCUGUAUACUGUCUGUCACACAUGUACAGUCUCGUAACAAACACCAGCUCUUGAGGUUGUAGCUACAUCUCUCCACCCAGAAAGGGCCUCCACCAAGCGGUAAAAGUCAAUGUUACAACAAAAACAUUUUCAAACUUGUUCUAAGUUAGAUUUUUAUCUCUGAGCCUUUAUGUUUACUAUGACAACAAACUCUCAGUGAAUAACAGUGGAGUCUGAUGCAACACGAGUUCUGAUGCUGCAAUAUACCAAAUAAAAACAAUAAACAAACGUU